AUGAACCUCCCGCGUGUCUUUCGAGAACUGUUCCAAGGCUGUGGAGAGACGUCGGAAGUUGGUAUCCUCCCUCUUCGCGCAUGUAUGAUUGAGAUAUUCCAGAACUGGUCGGAGCUAGGCUUCGUCGGAGAAUGUCCUUAUUCUUUCGGUGAGGACGAGAUUGCCGAGCGUGACGCUCGGUUCACAGACUAUGAGGACUGGUUUAAGGCGAAUGAGAUCGCGAGAAAGUGUCUGGAUACGGACGAAGAAGGCUGGAUAUCUCCCAGAGUUGGAUAUAGAGGAGAAACGCCGGCAGAACCAAGAACUGUUUGA